AUGCUCGGCGUACGGCUAACGAAGCCUCUACUUGGGGUGCGCGCGCUCUACAUCCGGCAGCCGCCGCGUUUGCGGACUUUUGCGACUGUGAAGGAUGGCGCUCGCCCAUUUGAUGUUGUCGUUAUCGGCGGCGGACACGCUGGCUCCGAAGCCUGCGCGGCAGCCGCCCGCUCAGGUGCUCGAACCGCCCUCGUCACUCCAUCCCGAUCCAACAUCGGCGUUUGCUCUUGCAAUCCGAGUUUUGGUGGAAUUGGUAAAGGUACAAUGAUUCGGGAGGUUGACGCCCUGGAUGGCGUUGCUGGAAGAAUAGUGGACAAGGCAGGGAUUCAAUUUCGAGUGCUGAACCGGUCCAAAGGGUCCCGCCUGUCUGGGGCCCAAGGCAGCAGAUUGAUCCGGGAUCUCUACAAACAAUAUAAGCUUGGAAGAGUUGUCCGCCCUAUCCAGGGAUUAAGCAUCGUGGAGGGAAAAGUGGCAGACAUCGUCCUUUCAAGGGAAGAUCUAGAGAAUACUCCGGGGCGCAAAAGGCAAAAUUGUCGGCGUCAAGUUAGAGUCAGGGGAAGUCAUUCCAACUGGGCAUGUGUCUUCCCGUCGGGCCGGAUGGGAGAGGCAGCGACGUUUGGCUUGAGCAAAUCGCUGCGAGACGCUGGUUUCCAACUUGGACGCCUAAAAACCGGGACGCCACCACGUCUUGAUCGCAAAACGAUCGAUUUUUCCACCUUAGAAGUCCAACCAGGCGAUUCUCCUCCUCCUCCUUUCUCCUUUCUCAACGAUACUGUGGCUGUCGGCGAUGAAGACCAACUAGCUUGCUGGUCGACGUACACAAAUGAGAAGGCCCAUGCGAUUGUCACAGCGAAUCUGGACAAAUCCGUUCAUAUUCGGGAGACAGUCAAAGGUCCGCGAUACUGUCCCUCUUUGGAAUCCAAGAUUAUUCGCUUCAAAGACAAGCUUAGACAUAUGAUCUGGCUGGAACCUGAAGGAUUCGCCCCAAAUGAUGUAAUAUAUCCCAACGGUAUCUCUAUGACGAUUCCAGCAGAUGCCCAAUACGAAAUGCUCAAGACUAUACAAGGUCUGGAGCACGUCAAAAUGCUUCAGCCCGGAUACGGUGUUGAAUACGACUAUGUUGACCCGCGUUCUCUGAAACCGACUCUUGAGACUAAACUUAUCAGCGGCCUUUAUCUUGCUGGUCAAAUUAAUGGCACAACAGGCUAUGAAGAAGCAGCUGGUCAAGGGAUCUUGGCUGGUAUCAACGCUGGCCUAGCCUCACAAUCCAAAGCGCCAUUAACACUUUCGCGUUCAGAUGGCUUUAUUGGUAUUAUGGUUGAUGAUCUCAUCACUAAAGGCGUCACUGAGCCAUAUCGCAUGUUCACCACGCGUAGCGAAUACCGCAUUUCUACUCGUGCUGAUAACGCCGACCUUCGGCUUACUGAAAUGGGCCGUGCGGCCGGUGUGAUCACUGACAAACGCUGGAAGCACUUCAGCGAAACGAAAGAACAGCUUGUGGAACUUCAAACGCUCCUCGAAAAUACAAAAUAUCCGUCGACAAUAUGGUCCCGAAAAGGAUUCCGUGUCCAUACUGACUCGAGUCUCCGCUCCGCUUUUGAUCUUCUCUGCCUUAACAACGCCAAUAUCGACACCAUUAUCCAGCACCUUACUUCCCCUACCGGUUUGCCUUACACAACCGACUCAUUUGACCCCAAAAUCAAGGCUCGUAUCGCAAUAGAAGGGACCUACUCACCAUAUGUUAAGCGGCAAGCGAAUAGCGCCCGUAUAUUCGCUCGCGAUGAAGCCCUCCUACUUCCACCAGAUUUAGAUUACUCCAAGAUUCACGGUUUGAGUACGGAAGAACGCCAUGCCCUGGAGCGAGUCCGCCCCGAAAGUGUCGGCAUGGCGCGGCGCAUUGAAGGUGUUACGCCAUCCGGAGCCCUAAAAUUACUCCUGCAUGUGCGCAGAGCAGGUGCUUGGGGCAGCAUGGAAGACAUUCAAGCUACAGAGGCCGAUCGUGAGCCUGUAACGAGCUUACCUACCGAUACGCCUGUGGUUUGA